AUGCAGCUGUCCCGCCUCAGUCUGCUGGUUGUUUCCUUCAUUGCCUCCGUUGGAGCGCAAUCGACCUUUACUCCCGCUCGUCCCCCGGCUGCUCCAUUAGCUGUCAAGUCGCCGUACCUGAGCACUUGGCUUGAGUUUGGCAGCGAUGGAGGCGAUGGAGGAUACCUCGCCGGCGAAUGGCCCGUGUUUUGGCAAAACCAGGUCACCGGCUGGGCUGGUAUGGUCCGUGUUGACGGUCACACUUAUACCUGGAUGGGCCUGCCUGGCACCACAACUGUCAACCAGACAGGGUUCGAGUAUACCUCAACAAAGACUAUCUUCACCAUGAACGUUCUGGACAAAGUGGAAAUGAACAUUACCUUUAUGUCACCGAUCACGCCUACUGAUCUCAGGCGCCAAUCCCUGGUCUUCUCCUACCUGAAUGUUGAAGUUUCUUCCUUGGAUGGUAGCGAGCACGACGUGCAAGUUUAUGCGGAUAUCUCAGCUGAAUGGGUGUCGGGAGAUCGCAGUACUACUGCGCAGUGGGAUUACGGUACAACCGAUAACGUCGCAUACCACAAGGUGUACCGUCAGACCCAAUUGGCAUUCUCCGAGGUCAACCAGCAGAGUGAGUGGGGCUACUGGUACUGGGCUACCGAUGCCACCGAUGGCAUGAGCUACCAGUCCGGUCAGGACGUUGUUGUGCGUGGUCAAUUCUCCUCGAACGGUUCCUUGGACGACACCAGUGACACCAACUUCCGCGCCAUCAACGACAACUGGCCCGUCUUCGGCUUUUCGUACGACAUGGGAGCUGUCGAUGACACUCCGGUCAGCGUGCUGUUCUCGCUUGGUCUUACUCAGGAUGAGGCUGUUCAAUUCCAGGGCGCCUCUACGUACGCUCCGGUCCCUUCGCUUUGGAAGAGCUAUUUUGACUCUGAGCUCGACGCCCUGUCUUUCUUCCACAAUGACUACGAAGACUCCAGCACUAUUUCAGGUUCAUUUGAUAGCCAGGUUGCCAAAGAUUCCCUUGCUAUUGGUGGAGACGACUAUCUUGUGCUCACCUCCCUCUCGGCUCGUCAGGCAUUUGGUGCUACUCAGUUGGCCGGUACCGAGGAUAAGAUGUACCUGUUCCUGAAGGAGAUCUCGUCUGAUGGGAACAUGAACACUGUUGAUAUUAUCUUCCCGGCUUACCCCAUCUUCCUGUACUCGAACCCUGAACUCCUCAAGCUUGUGAUGGAACCGCUGUACGAGAACCAAGAGGCCGGCAAGUAUCCUAAUAGCUACGCCAUGCACGACAUGGGGUCGUCUUAUCCCAACGCCACUGGCCACAGCGAUGGAAAUGACGAGAUGAUGCCCCUAGAGGAGUGCGGCAACAUGGUCAUCAUGACCUUGGCUUAUGCUCUGAAGGCUAGCGACGCUGACUAUUUGAACACUCACUACAACCUUCUCAAGAAGUGGACCACAUACCUGGUUGAUGACGCGUUGUACCCUGCCAACCAGAUCUCGACUGAUGACUUUGCUGGGUCCCUGGCCAAUCAAACCAACCUCGCUCUCAAGGGCAUGAUUGGUAUCCAGGCCAUGUCAGUGAUUGCCAACCUGACCGGCCACAGCGACGAUGCCGCCAACUAUUCCAGCAUCGCGCACGAUUACAUCUCCAAAUGGCAGACUCUGGCCAUUGCCCAAAAUGCCAACCCCCGCAUACCACUCUGUCCUAUGGAGAUGACAACAGCCACGGUAAGCCACAUUCCACUGACAUUCCAUACUCCAAACCUAACACUACCCCCAGGCCUCCUUUACAAUCUGUAUGCCGAUGCCCAGCUGGGUCUGGGCCUCGUGCCAGAUUCCGUCUACCAGAUGCAAAGCAAUUUCUACCCGACCGUUGCAAACAAGUAUGGUGUUCCCCUGGAUACCCGCCAUACCUACACCAAGUCAGACUGGCAAUGCUUCUCGGCCGCUAUCGCUUCCACCGACACUCGCGCUACCUUCUUCAAGGACUUGGCAACCUGGGUCAACGAGACACCCACCAGCCGCCCCCUGACUGAUCUGUACGACACGAUCACGGGAAAUUUCCCCACAACCACAUUUGUCGCUCGUCCUGCUGUGGGCGGAGCGUUCGCUCCCCUCCUCGUGACAGCCUAA